UUCCAGGAAACUAUUCCGGUUCUCCUUACAUCCAAUAUUUAACACAUCCUCCCGAAAUUGUUACCAAGCCGAGAAACCAGCAAGUUAAAGCUGGGGGUGUAGCAGGGUUUUAUUGUCAAGCGAAAGCACAUCCAAAGCCGCAAAUUCAAUGGAGGAAGAAUGGCAAAAAAGUAUCAGGUUCUCAGACUCGGUACCAAGUGAAAGAUUUUCCUGAUGGUGGGGCACUGCUGAGAAUCGAUCCCGUUAAGGCGGGUCGAGAUGAUGCUAUGUACGAAUGUGUAGCUGAGAAUGGCGUUGGGGAUGCCGUUAGUGCUGAGGCGACCCUCCAGGUUUUUGAAG